UACAUGUAGACAAUGAAUAUUUCAUAAUAAUUAACACAAUUUGGAAUAUCCUUCGUAAACGCACACAAUUCAACGUCAGCUGAUUUGACAAUUGACAUUUGAACAUUUGUGAAAAAAGAUUUGUUGCAUAAUUUCACGUUAUUGAUAAUUUGCCAUCGAUCGGUCUGAAUCCGCCGGCCGGUGUCCUACAAUUAUUGUGCUAGCAUACCUCAACCGCUAACCACGAUGUUCGGUACACGCAGGAUUGGAUCCGUAAUUCGUACUGUGGGGGCGUCUCGGCAGAAGCACACACUACCCGAGCUGCCUUAUGAGUACAGCGCUUUGGAGCCGGUUAUCAACCGGGAGAUCAUGAGCUUGCACCACAGCAAGCAUCACGCAACUUACGUCAACAACCUCAAUGCGGCUGAAGAGAAGCUGGCGCAGGCACAGUCCAAAGGUGACAUUGACACAAUAAUCAAUUUGGCACCAGCUCUUAAAUUCAACGGAGGUGGUCACAUCAACCACACCAUCUUUUGGCAGAACCUCUCGCCCAAUGGCGGUAAACCAUCAGACGCACUCACCAAAGCUGUUGAGAAAGACUUCGGUUCAUGGGAGAACAUGAAGAAUCAGCUGGCGAACUCGUCAGUCGCCGUGCAGGGCUCCGGCUGGGGCUGGCUCGGCUACAACAAGCAGAUGAAGAAGCUCCAGAUCGCUACUUGCCAGAACCAGGACCCUCUACAGGCUACCACUGGCUUGGUGCCCCUCUUCGGUAUCGACGUAUGGGAGCACGCGUACUACCUGCAAUACAAAAACGUGAGGGCAGACUACGUCAAGGCAAUCUUUGAUGUUGCCAACUGGAACGAUGUCUCAGCAAGAUUCGAAAAAGCACUGAAAUAAACAGAAACAUGUAGGAAAUCUCAGCAUUUGGUAAAACCUGUGUAGAAUUAAACGCUUUAAAAGUUUUUCACAAGGUGAUCCUUUCGAUUUAGAUUAUGUAAUGCUACAUUAAGUUUAAAAAACUUUGUUUUUACCUAA